AUGGUCAUCAAGAUCAAGGUAUCUAAGGGAGCACCUGUAUUUCCUGCAGAAGAUGGAGGUGCAUCCACAGGCGCUCCCUCGGUAGAGCCAAACACCCCUGCAACCACCUCUCAAACCAAGCAAUUUCUACCUUUUUCUGAAUCACGAAACAAGCCCAGAUUCCGGGGCCAGAAGCGGAACUGGUACAAGAGACGCAACGAUAAAGGGAAACAGUCUCAGCGUGCGUCACAGCCCGAGGAUGGCUCCCGUUCGCAUCAGUAUCAGAACCAGAGGCAGCAUCAAUAUCAGCUACUACACCAGCACCGCCCGCCUGUAAAGCUUCUUGAUCGCCCCGACUAUUUCAAUUUCAAUCCCUCGAACGGAUUACAUACCCCGGGUCCGAUCCAUCCUCGUCCGUACGGAUUUGGUUCUCAGCCUGUGGGCUACCUCUCACCUCCACCACUAUUGAUGCCGAUGCCGAUGCCAUCGCCUCUUCGAUUUGACUAUCUUCAUCGAUCUACUUUGCCUGUUGCGGUUUUGUCGCAGGAGUAUCCUAAGCCUCGCUUUUGGGAUGAAAUCGAAGCCGCCAUUCCUUUGUGGUCACCACCUCAGUCUUCAAUUGAUCACUCGAAAAUUUGGACUCGUCAAGCUGGAUAUCAUCCUCUCUACUACCAGUACUCAACGCUCCGUCCUUGGGCGACCGAGUUCGUGCCUGGUCGCUUGUUCCACCCAAUUUUGGGCUGGUAA